GGUAAAGUAAAUUGUCUUCUGAGGAAAAAGUUCUAGAGCAGAGAUAAAGGGAAUAAUAAUGAAGAUAGUGCAAGAGGAAGUUCGAAAGGGUCCUUGGACAGAACAAGAGGACAUUCUAUUGAUCAACUUUGUUCACUUAUUUGGAGAUCGUCGAUGGGAUUUUAUUGCAAAAGUUACAGGUUUGAACAGAACAGGAAAGAGUUGCAGGUUGCGCUGGGUUAAUUACCUACAUCCAGGUCUCAAAAGAGGGAAGCUGACACCACAAGAAGAAAAGCUUGUGUUGGAACUGCACCACAAAUGGGGAAACAGAUGGUCUAGAAUUGCUCGGAAGUUACCGGGGCGAACAGAUAAUGAGAUCAAGAACUAUUGGAGGACUCAUAUGAGAAAAAAGGCUCAGGAGAAUAAACGAGCAAUUUCCCACUCAAAGUCAUCUUCCAAUCAUUGUUCAUCAUCAUCAAAUGUUACGGCAGUGAAUUCAUUCCCGGUUCAAGAUUCCGGAGGAGUUAGCUUUUAUGACACUGGAGGACCUGACAAGCUAGAUUUGGCAGGAAAGAACCAGGAGGUAGUCAAAGAAGGUGAAAAGGGUUACUCUAUGGAUGAUAUAUGGAAAGAUAUAGAUCUAUCAGGGGAAAGCAAUAUAACACCGAUUAAUGGAUUCUAUGAUGAAGGAAGUUGCAAUUUUUUAUAUCCUUCAGUGGCUUCCACCUCAUGGGAGUAUUGUUCAGACACACUAUGGAAGCUAGACGGAGAAGAGAGUAAGAUGUUUCUCCCUGGAGAUGAAUUUUUUCCCUGCAAUGAAGACGCAAGAGUGUUUUUAACCGGCUAAUCAGAAAUUCAUUUAUUUAGAUUCGUUCAUAUAUAUAAUAAGUUCCCAACAAAGCUCUAACCUGUACAGUAAGGUUUUCUCUAUGCUUCCUGAUGUAGUUUUCUAUGUCCUUAAAUCAGUGUAACUAUCCUGUGGAUAUUUAUCUUCCAGCAUUUUGUGUGUGCUCACUUAUAAUAAGUGAGGAGGAAACUUCAUCAGACCUCCUACAUGGAGAUUGGCAUCUUCAUGGAUGUAAUGUAUAAUAUGCCUCUAAGUUUUCAUUAUUAA